AAACACCUUCUUAGUUAUUGAUCCGCUUCAUCAAUCCAACGCAAUCUCAAUGGCUAAUUCCUAUCUCAUUUCCUUCCUACGACUCAUACUAGUUUCGAUCACUUUAGCGUCAAUAAGUGGUGGGAUGAUCAGUGCUGAGGCACGUAACCUUUUGGAGAUACCUGAGGUUCCAAAGCCUGAACUUCCUGAGCUUCCGAAGCCCACACUUCCUGAACUUCCGAAGCCCACAAUUCCUGAGAUUCCAAAACCCACACUUCCUGAGAUUCCAAAGCCCACACUUCCCGAGAUUCCGAAACCCACUGUUCCUGAGAUUCCGAAACCCACUGUUCCUGAUAUUCCAAAGCCCACACUUCCUGAGAUUCCAAAACCCACAGUUCCAGAGAUCCCCAAGCCCACAGUUCCAGAGAUCCCCAAGCCCACACUUCCAGAGAUUCCAAAACCCACUGUUCCUGAGAUUCCAAAGCCCACAAUUCAUGAGAUUCCAAAACCCACUGUUCCUGAGAUUCCGAAACCCACUGUUCCUGAGAUUCCGAAGCCCACACUUCCUKAGAUUCCAAAACCCAUAGUUCCAGAGAUCCCCAAGCCCACAGUUCCAGAGAUUCCAAAACCCACACUUCCUAAGAUUCCAAAGCCCACACUUCCUGAGAUUCUGAAGCCCACAAUUCCUGAGAUUCCAAAACCCACUGUUCCUGAGAUUCCGAAACCCACACUUCCUGAGAUUCCAAAACCCACUGUUCCAGAGAUCCCCAAGCCCACAGUUCCAGAGAUCCCCAAGCCCACACUUCCAGAGAUUCCAAAACCCACUGUUCCAGAGAUUCCGAAGCCCACACUUCCUGAGUUUCCAAAGCCAGAGUUGCCUACUUUGCCCAAACCAGAAGUACCAAAGGUGCCAGAAAUCCAUGACCUUCCUAAGCCCACCUUGCCCAAACCAGAAGUACCAGAGUUGCCCAAGGACUUCCCUAAACCUUCCCUACCCAAUCCUUAGAGACCUACUUUUGUGAAAGCUUGUGAUUUAUUCACUACUACUAAUGUUACUUCCAAGAGAUUCAUCAUUUAGAGUGUUCCCUGAAGAUUGAAUGAUUAUUUAUGCGUGGUUUGUUGUUCUGUCAUAUGACGAACAAUUUAUAUAUGUUGAAUUUAUGCAACUUGAUUACAUUAUACUCUAUUGAUAGAGUAUU